AUGGCUGAGCUCUCGAACGGAAAGUCGCUCCCAGGGGCGGAGCCGGGCCUGUCGUCGGGCUCCGCGAAGCUUCCCACGAAAGACCCGUUCGCGGCGGAAAGCGAACAGAAACCUGAACCCGAGGCGCCGCAUCCAGAUGGAGACCUUCGGCAAUGUGGUGCAGCCGUUCCGUCGCCGAGAUUUGACGACGGAGGACGCAACCGCGGCGACACACUCGACUCAGAGAGGAGCGCUACAUCGAAGAGGCAGGACGAGCUUCCUGUCUGCCGACGCGAAUGCUGUGUGGAGGCGGCAGCAGAUCUGCGGGUCGACGUGGAACGCGCGGCCGGACGCGGCAGCCUGUCAUCUGUCCUGCCGCCUUCGCAAGCCACCGACCCGGCCGCUGAGAGGAAGACAGCCGCGGCUUGGUCAGAGCCCAUACAAAGUCCGCCGCACGAAGGCCAGCCGCGGCACCCUCGAUGCCAUUUGAUUCUAUACGCACAAGGCUCCGACAGACCAGGGGUGUCCUUGCAGUUUGCCAGAUGGCUCGCCGCGGAGGGAUACGAUGACGAAGAACCGGAGACGCAGCAGGGGACUGACUGGGGCGUGCAGCUCGUCGACGUGCGCCAGAUCAAAGUCGGCACCAUGUGCUGUCUGUACUACCAUGUCAAGCUGAACCAGCAUGUGGCGAUGGAGGUGCUGAAGGCGUGCCUGUUCACCGCUGCGCAAGUUCACUACGAGCUGGACUACCAGUUGCUUCCUUCGCAUCCUAAGCGGUCUGCAUCGUCGUUCGGUUUUUCGUCUUUUUCGCGGCUGCCCGCCUCUCCGUCUGGCUACCUGUGCUACUCUCCCUCGCCGUCUGCGGGCUCGGUCCGCGGCCCCUUGGCGGCGGAGGAAGAGCGCGAGGAAGUCGAGGAGCUGCGGGGCCAGCAGCUUAAGGAUCGUUCUCUCUCUCCGUUGGUGCCGUCCUUGCAUGCCGCCCCCCUGCGGCCCUUUUCGACUUCCAGCCAGGCGUCAUCCCCCUUGGCUGCCUCCCGGCAGCGUGCCGGCGCGCCGAGCGAAAAGGCAUCCGCGCGGGACCGCCCCGACGCGUCGCCGCCGCCGUCCCAGGCGCAACCGCACGCUGUGCGGAGAGACCCCGGAGGCUCCCCCGCCGCGCUGUCGGGCAAACACAUUCGCGAGGCUGUGCAUGCAGCCGCUGCGAUGGCGGCGGAGGCGGCGGCUGGGGCUGCCGCCGCCGCGGCUGCCGCCGCAGAAGCCGCCGCCGCGGCCGAGCGUGCGGGCGGCGAUGAGAUCGCGGAGGCCUCCGCGAAAGCCGCGAUCGCCGCGCAGGCCGCCGCGGAGGCAGAAGCCAAGGCUGCGGCGGCUGAGGCGGCUGCUGCGCACGCCAUGGAGGGGACUUCUGAGGAUGAGAGCGAACCCUCGCGCCAGCGGCCGUGCGGCGCCGGCAGCGACGCCGGCGCGGGGGGAGGCAGGGCGGAAGGCGAGGAGCUGGAGGACGAGCCUGAGGCCUUCGAGGACAGGCGCGACCGCCUCAUUCUGCUAGGUCACCCCUGGAGAUUCGCCAGCACCAGUAGCAGCGGCAGCGGCAGCACCUGCACACAGCGCAGCAGCACCGACAGCGAAAACAGUGGCAGGACGGAGAAGCGACUGCCAGGCGCAGAUGUGGCUCCAAAGGGCGGUCACGCGUCUCUCGGGGACGUCUCGCCGAGGGCGCCGCGUGCCUCACAGGCUGCAGAGGGAGAGGCAGAGGUCGCGCGAAGCAAGGCGGCGCGCGACGGGGACUGUCGGCUUGAGAGACGCCAGGAGGGCGGAGGAGGGCGCGCGAGCCCAAGCGGCGCCGCGGCCGCUUCCGGGUCGCUUGACCGCAGCGGAAACGCCUCAGGGCCAGAGAGCCCGGCCGCCCCCGCGGACGCGAGGCGAGAAGAGGCGGGCGCGAGCCCGAAGCGAGAGGACGACAGACCCCCUCCAGGCGGCAGCUGGACAGGCCUCGGAUUCCCCCGAUGGAGCAACGUCGUCGUCCUGCAUGUGCUUCAGAGCCGCCCGGUGCUUGCAGCCGCCCUGCUGUCUGACCUCCUGGCCGCGCUGCUGAGGGCGAAAGCCACAGUGCAGAGCAUGGGCCUCGAGAGCGUCGACCUGCCGAGUGGCGGGCCUGGCGAGCGGGUGCAAAGCGUAGAAAUCAAGGUCAAGUUUCCCGCGGUGACUCUUCCGCUGGCGACUAAAGUCCUCCGGGACAAACCUGCGAUCAAGGCGCUGGAGGACGAGCUCAAGACCAUCUGCAGCAGGCAUGAGGCCCUGAUGCUUCUCAGAUGGGAUGACUUUGCUCUGAAGCGGAAGUGUAAUUCGCUGGUGGUCUUUGGGCUGAACGAAGUUCUCGUGGAGCAGGACGUGAUUGACGCGAUGCUGCAGUGUAACGACACCCAGAUCGACCUUGAGAAGUUCUCGCAGGCGAUUCUGAAGGAACACGGCGGUGUCGCCAGCAAGGAGCGCGUCUACAUGCGCAAGCUGACCAAGCUCGAGGGCGCCCACGCUGUUGAACUCAUCACGAAGGUUCUUCCGCAUUUGAGCAUCACGCGCGGAGCUUUCUUUCUCAUGUUUGUCCUAAAGAAGCUUGGCGUACGUACAGCGCUUAUGACGCACAGCUGUCAAGAGGUCGCGAACUGCGUCGGACGUCUCCUUGGGGUCGACUACGUCCUCUCCAACCAUUUCGAGAUUCGCGACGGCCUGCUCACGGGGCGCGUCGUCGGCGGAAGUUCCUCCAGCGAGGUGGCGACCAGCCACAUGCUUGAUCCGCUGAGGAAAAUGGAUUGGCUGCAGCUGCUCCGCGACAAAGAGCGCCUCGAACGCGACGCCCUCUUCGUCCUCGCCAACUAUGAGACGUUUGACUUUCUUCACGGCGCGGCCGGCUUCUGUUGCUUCUUCAACGCGAGACGCAAUCGGGAUAUCUCCAAAUUCCUUCUUCUGCUCGGAAUGAAAGAUCGCCAUCUGCAGGAGUUCCACACGCAGUUCGUCGCCUCGUCGGCCGCGGCGGCUCUCGAGGCGGCGUAUCCUCUGGGCCUCACGGCGCUCGUUCAGAAGCACCAGGUGGCCUUGAUGGCGCAGCUCCUUCAUCCGUCGCUGGUGCCUGCGGCGCGCGACAGCGCUGCGGCGGAGGCCGCGAACGGCCGGCUGCUGUCCCCCGGUCCCGUUCUCCAGUCGGCGCUGGAGCCGCCUCCACAGGCGCUGUGCGCGCUGAAGAACUCCGCGUUGCCGAAUGCGGCGGCGUCUGUCGAGGCCGAGGCGCAGCGGACGACCCCCCACCACGAGGCGGGCGACAGCGCAGGAUACUCCGACGGUGCGCUGCAGGCGCAGGCUCGCGCGGGUGACGCGACGCCCAGGAGCGGGGCGGGGAGAGGCUACAGCGGCGAUAAAGAAGGCUUGCCGCGGCGGGGGGGCGGCAAGCUCGCCAGCGAGAGCGCCGCGAAAACGCCGCGCGACGACGGAACCCAGCAGGCGCCUGAGCGCGCAGGCGGGUCGCCAGCGACCACGUUUGCGUGCGUGAAGGGGCUGAAGAACGGCUCCACGCCCUCGUUCGGUGCCUCGAUGUCGUCUUCAGUUUCGCCGCCAUCUUCGCGGGCCUUCGUGCCUUCGCAGGCCGUCGCGAAGGCCGCCCACGCGCUCAGCCCCACAGAGCGCCUCACCAAGCUACCGCGGGAGGGCUUCGAAGACCGACCGCAGCUGCGCGCCGUCUCGUCUGUGUGCUCAAUUGCCAGCAGCUCUGGCGGCGGCGGCGCGAGCGACAGAAAAACCGAGAGAGCUGUCGUAUGCGUCUACGGCCAGGUGCGGAGUAACGACGCCACACCGCAACUCUGGAGAAUAAUUGAGGCGCUUCGGCCGUUCGAGCAAACGCGGAGUGGAGGCGGGAACUCGGGUGUAUGUACACCGGCGUCGGUGCGCGGCCUGAGCGGCGACAGGUCUUCCUGCGGCAUUGCAGCGAUGCAGCUCGUCAACCUGCAUCACCACAUUUGCCUCGGGCUGACGCUCUCCUGGACCAGUUCGCCUUCGAAGUCGCUUCUCACGACAAAUCGCCUGACGAGCUCGGGCAGCGGCCGCAGCGACUCCUUUUCUUCGCUGCCCUCGGCAGCCACGGCUGCCAACGUGGCCGCGGCCGCCGUGGCGACGCUGACGAACGGGAAUUUGCCUUCGGCCGGCGCGGGGUUCGCGUCGUGCGCCUCGCCCUUCUUUCCGCCCUUCUCGAGUUCCGCGCUCGCGGUGCCGACUGCGCUCUCCUCCGCGCCGUCGCCACUUCAGCACCUGUCGCCGGUCAAGGAGGUGCUGUUUGUCGCCUCCUGCCUCGGACUGAAGGCCUCCUUCAUUCCGCAGCUGCAGCCGAGCAGCGGACGCUUCCUUUUCCCCGACCCUCUCGCAGGCCUCGCCGGCUCCCCCGCCUCCUCUGCAUCCGCGUCCUCGGCGGCCUCGUCUGCGGCGGGGAUGGAGACCGGCUGCCGGCCUCGUGAGGGCGACGAGGGCGGCCAGAUGGCUGUCGGGGGCGAUUUGGCGGCGAGCGGCCCCGACCGAUCCUUUUACCUCGUCAUCAUGGAGGAGCCGUCGGUCUCGCCGCAGCUCCUCGUCCACAUCUUCACCAUGCUGUACGCGCACUUCAUCAACAUCGAAGAAAUCGACCGGCUGUCGAUGAAUGUGGCGAAAGCGAUCCGCCUGCGGAUGACGAUUGGGCCCUCCGUCGACGUGCAGCAGCUGAAGAAACAGAUGCUCUCUGUCUGCUCCGAUUUCGGCGCGGACGUCGCCCUGCAGGCCGAUGACAUCUCUCGCUAUUGCCUGCGCCUUGUGGUAUUCGACAUGGACUCCACGCUGGUGUGUGAAGAAGUGAUUGACGAGCUCGCCAGAGAGGCUGGAGUCAUGGAGGAGGUCGCGGCGAUCACGCACGCGGCCAUGGAGGGGCAAUUGGACUUCCACGCGAGUCUGAUAAAGCGCGUCAGCAUGCUAAAGGGCAUCAAGCGGUCUGCGCUGGACGCUGUGGCAGCACGUUUGACGCCGACCCCUGGCGCGGCCGCGCUCUGCCGCAUCUUGAGACAUUUAGGGUAUCGACUCGCGGUGAUCAGCGGUGGCUUCACGUACUUUGCCAGAAAGAUUAAGAAGCUCCUCGGGUUGCACCACGCCUUCGCAAAUCACCUCCAGAUCGACCCCGACACUGGAACCGUGACCGGCGAAGUGGAGGGCCCCGUUGUCACCGCCCAGAGGAAGGUCUCCCUCAUGCGCAUGCUUGCAGAGGUUGAGCAAGUCAACGUCGACCAAGUCAUCGCCGUCGGCGACGGCUCCAACGAUAUUCCCCUGCUUCUUCAUGCAGGCAUGGGUGUGGCAUUUUGCGCCAAAAAACGCGUUAAGGAGAACUCCAACUACCAGCUCAACCAGCGAAACCUCUUCCUCCUCGUUCAUCUUCUCGGCAUCAGUGAAAAGGCCGCGCUGCAGCUGGCGCAGGAGGAAGGCGUCCGCGUGGACUAG